CUUCAUCAUUUGAUGAUCCAAGCAUGACAAGUAUGGAAAACAACAACAAAGACAACAACUUGUCAUCUUUGUUAUCAUCAUCCUUACUUUCAACAAAAUUAACGAUGCCAAAGUUCAUCACCUUAACAAAAAUGUCAACAACAACAACGAGAAGGAAAUUUAUUUUUAAAUCAUCAUUUCAUCUUUAUCAUCAUCAAAUAUUUCUCUUCUUAUUAAUACAAUUUUUAUUCAUUAUUUCUUCAUUUGCUAAACAUUUGGAUAAUGAUUUGGAACGAUAUUCACAUCCAGAAAUUAAACAUUAUAAACCAAUGUUAUUUGAUGCAAAUCGUUUAAAAAUUUUUGUUGGUGCAAGGGAUCAUAUUCUGGUUUUAAAUCUAAAAAAUUUCGCUACAACAUUUAAACGUGAUUAUUUUCUACCGCCAACAAUUGAAAAGAAAAAUAAAUGCCAUAUGAAAGGAAUGAAACAAGAGGAAUGUCAUAAUUUCAUAACAACAUUAUUGGAAAUGCCCAAUGAAAUCAAUAAUCGAGAUCGACAGAUUUUUGUCUGUGGAACAAAUGCCUAUUCACCGGAAUGUGAAAUAAGACGUUUAAGUGGUGAUUCAUUUGAAAUUAUCAGUAAAAGUAUAUCAAUAAAUCCAUAUUGUCCAUAUUGGAAUACAACAUCAUUGCUAACACGGAAUGGUGAAUUUUUCUAUGGUGGUCCAUUGGAUUUUCGUGGUAUUGAUUUAUCAAUAUUUAAACAAACUAAAAUCGUUCCAUCAACAACAACAACAACAACAUCGACAAAAGCAUCAUCAAUAGCAUCCUAUAUUGAUCGUCGUAGUGUACGAAGUGUUGUUCGUAGUUUACAACAUGAUUCAAAUUGGAUUAGUGUUGAUGCAAAUUUUAUAUUUAGUUUUGAAUUUAAUCAACAUGUUUAUUUUUUGUUUCGUGAAACGGCUGUUGAAUUUUUAAAUCAAGGUAAACAUAUUGUAUCACGUAUUGGUCGUGUUUGUACGAAUGAUCCGGGUUAUCGUGAAAGUUGGACAACUUUUCUAAAAGCACGAAUAAAUUGUUCACUACCUGGUUUAUUUCCAUUUUAUUUUGAUGAAAUACAAUCAGUUGAUUUUAUUGAAUAUGGUAAUACACGUACGUUGUAUGCUAUUUUCAAUACACCACCAAAUUCCAUUCAUGGUUCGGCUGUUUGUGUAUUUACAAUGCAAUCCGUAUUGAAUGCAUUUCGUGGUCCAUUCCGUUAUCAACCAUCAUCAUCACAUUUAUGGGAACGUAAAGAUGAUAAUCAUGAUGUAUUUGAAUGUCAAUCAUCAUCAUCAUCGUCGACUUCUUCGAUGAAUUCAACCACUCAAUCGAUAAAAAAUUAUUCAAAAUUACCAUUAAAUUCAAAAUAUCAACAAAUGGAUGACGCAGUUCAACCGUUGGAUGGUCGGCCAUUCAUAUUUUCUAAAAAUGAACAAUUUAAAUUCAUUGCUGUUGAUUGGAUUCGUACGAAAUUUUAUGAUUUUAUUGAAGUAAUAUUUAUUGCUACAACCGAUGGAAAAUUAUUAAAAUAUGUUAAAUGGCCCGAUAUAACCGAAUCAUGUUUGAUUGAUGAAAUUCAAUUAAUCAAUCCGAAUGAAAAUCAAUUUUUAUCAAUGAAAUUUUGGAAAGAUUCUGAAUCCAUUUAUUUUGGAACGGAAAAUGAAUUUAUUCGUCAAUCAAUACAUCAAUGUCAUAAAUAUUCAAAUAAAAAUGAAUGUUUACAAAGUGGUGAUCCAUAUUGUGGUUGGAAUCAGAUUAAAAUGAAAUGUACACGACCACCGAAUAAUAAUUUAAAAGAUGAAAAUUGGUUACAAUCAGAUCAACAACAAUCUGUUUGUCCACGACGAUGGACUAAAUGGUUUUCUUGUAGUGAAACUGGAUUAAAAUCUACAUCUACUACAGAACAACAACAAGAAUCGUGUAAAUGUCGUAAACGGCCUUGUAAUUCAAACGAUCUGCAACAACAACAAACGAAUGGUUGUUUUGAUGGAUUUGAAUAUGAAGUAACAAAUUGUACACGUAAUGGUGAAUGGUCAGAAUGGUCAAAUUGGUCAAGUUGUACACCAUCAUGUGGCCAUGGUCGACAAUAUCGUCAACGUCAAUGUAAUAAUCCAUUACCAUUAAAUAAUGGUAAAUAUUGUCAAGGUAAUGAUCGUGAAGAACGUCAAUGUGAUAAUCUACCAUAUUGUCAAUGGACAACAUGGAGUGAAUGGACAAAUUGUUCAUCAUUAUCAAUGGAUUGUAAUGAAUCAACAAUUAGUAAACGUACCCGACAAUGUUUAGAUUUUAAUGGUAAUGCUGUUGAUAAUGAUUAUUGUCAAGGACCAUAUCUGGAAACAAUUAAAUGUGAAUGUAAUAAAAAAUCAUUAGCAUUAGCAUCAUCCUUAUCAUCAGCAUCAUCAAAAUCAAUUCAAUGGACCGAUUGGUUUAUAAAUGAUUUGAAUAUGAAUGAAAUUGUUGAACAACGUAAUGAAAUUAUAAUGGUAAAAAAUAAUGAACUACCUAAACAUGAACAACGUGUUGUUUCAUUAAAAUAUUGUGAUAAUUGUGGUGGUCAUUUAUAUCGAUUUAAAGGAAAAGAUUUUUUAAUAAAACAAUGUAGCUGUGAUGAUGAAUCAAUUUGGUCGGAUUGGAGUGAAUGGUCAACAUGCGAUAAUGAUGGUAAUGGUGAUGGUGAUAAUCGUAUACAGAUUCGUGAACGUAUUUGUCAUCUAUCGGAUCGUUCAUUAUGUAAUGGACAUUUUAAAGAAAUAAAAUAUUGUCAAUCAAACAAUCAAAACCUGAACAGUGAUGAUAAUGGUAUUUAUCAUCGACGAAUUAAACAUGAUCAUCGUUUAAAUGAUUGGACAAUGUUAAUUAUUGCAACAAUUUUUGCCGUUAUACUAAGUUCUGGUUUAACAGCACUGAUAUUGAUUACAUGUUUUUAUAGAGAUCAAAAACUUACUAAACCAGAUGAUUUAAUGAUGAUGAAUCAUACGAUAUCAAGUGAACCAAACACUUAUGAAGAACCAGAAAAAUACCGGAUUCUAACGCCAUUGAAUAGUAGUUCAUCACCAUAUAUAUCAUCAACAUUGACAAGGGUUGCAACAUUGAAAAAACAAACAUCAUUUCGUGCUAAAUUAGAUGAUAGUAAUUAUUAAAGUUUUCAUGGCAAAAGUUUAUGGCUGCGGUUUCAUUGGCCGCAAACAAAAAUUAACGAGCCGAAUCGGUUACUGAAACUGACCAAAUUUUUUGAAUCAAUCAUUAUCAAUC